CCCAAUGAAUGAACAAAUGGUGCCUCAGUGUUAAUUGCAAAAACAUCACUUAUAGCUCAAGAGACCUCCCAACUGCUGAAGUGUUUAAAUGAUUCCUGCUUCGUCAUCUUUUUGUGUAAUCCCCUUGAUCCUUGUUUGCUUUUGCAUUUUCACCUCUUUGUCAGUUUGCUUAAGAGUCCAACUUCUCUAAAUCCUCUUAUGUUUAGUCAAAUGUCCAGUUACACUUCAUGUCACAUUGUCUUGAUAAAGACACCAGAACGAAUGUCACAGAAGCCACUUGAUGAGUUUUGAGUUGAGUCAUUUUGCGUUUAUCGAUCAAUUAUGUCGAUUUUAAACAAAUGUGAUGUUAAGUAGUGCGGCUCUGAUUGAGUUCACACACUAAGGGAAUAACAAGCAGCCCGUGAUGCCGAAAAAUCUGCAGUGACGCGAGCCUUAAUGAAGUUUGCGCGCGGACACGCGGGUGACACGCGUCCGCGCGGCACGUGCUGUCAUCCGGAGUCAGCGGAGCGCCGUCAAAGCCCGCACUUCACACUCACUGCAAAUGCUCGACCAGGUGGCUUUCUGCUGCCGCCGCUGCUGCUUCCACGUCGUCCCCGGCGCAGAACGAUGAGCUCCGGUCUCCCCAAAAGCGAGUCCACCACGUCACUGCUGAGAUCCUCGGCGCCGGACCGCAGGUCCGGGCACUGCGCUCCGCGCGACCACCGGAGCCACCGCACUCAGCAUCAUUCCGCCGCAGCCGGAGGCGACGAUUACGCGGGAUGGACGGAGGACUGCGGGACGAGCGCGCGGAGACCGCUGUGCCAGCCAAGACACGCCGACCCGCGAGAUGCAGGCGAUCGCCGCGGGCAGAAGGACCACACUCCGCAGCGGCAGGCGAGCCUCGCGGAUGACGGUUACUCCCGGGAGGAGGCGAGACACCGGACCACCGCGCACCAAAAAGAGCGCGGCCAGUCCUCCCGGUCCAAACACUCCCAUCACCACCACCGCGAGAUGCCCCCCGCGGCGCAUCAGCAGGACAGGAAGACCUCCGCGACCCCCUCUUACCCGAAGCAAGCGGACGACGCGGCUCACUUCUUCGAGCCCAAGGAGAGAGUCGUCACAGGGUCGUCAUCCUCCAGCCUGAGCUCCGGGGCACCUGCGGCCAGCAGCGCGCCUCUCAGGUCCGCCAACAGCCGCACGACCAAACGGCAGAGCGCUCCCGCGUCCGAGCAUGACUCUAGUCUUCAUCCCAUAGUCAAGUCCGUCUUUGGGCAGGACCAAAAGAAGAACUACAAAGCAGUGCAUUCCUCUGAGGAGGGGGGAUCUGGGGGGGCCUACCUUGAGCCACUAGUGGCCCUGGCCCAGAACGGAGCAACUAUGCACAACGUACUGGGGCCUGCGUGCAUCUUUCUACGCAAGGGCUUCGCUGAGAGCCGGCAGGCUGAUCGAGAGUUGAGGCCAGAAGAAAUGGAUGAGUUGCGUGAGGCAUUCAAGGAGUUUGACAAAGACAAGGAUGGGUUCAUUGGCUGUAAGGACCUGGGAAACUGCAUGAGAACUAUGGGCUACAUGCCAACAGAGAUGGAGCUAAUAGAACUGAGCCAGCAGAUCAACAUGAAUUUGGGAGGACAUGUUGACUUUGAGGACUUUGUUGAACUCAUGGGGCCCAAACUUCUUGCUGAAACAGCAGACAUGAUCGGGGUGAAAGAGCUGAGGGAUGCAUUUAAGGAGUUUGACACAAACGGUGACGGCCAGAUCAGCACAGCCGAACUCAGAGAAGCCAUGAAAAAACUUUUGGGACAACAGGUCGGACACAGAGACCUGGAGGACAUCCUACGAGACAUCGACCUCAACGGAGACGGGCAUGUAGACUUUGAAGAGUUUGUGCGGAUGAUGUCGCGAUGAGUUCCUGACAGGGAGGAGUCGACGUGUUAAAACCAAACAGAGUCCAGGACAGGCUACCGAUGGAUCUGGAACUUCUGAACUGUGAAUGAACAAGAAAACAAAAACAUAUCAACCCAGCCCCGAAACUGCCAUGCUGAAGCACAAAGUCUGACGAUCACAGCCAUCACUGUUGAUUAUAUGCUGCUGCUGUUCCUUAGAACUCACACAAAACCGACUGCUGCAUUCAUGACUUUUACGUGGUAUGUCUUUUUAAAAAAAGCACAUUUUCCAUUUAAUGGUGACGUGGUUGUGGACUCAACGGUUGUAGGGAAAUGGGACGUUUUGAGUUAUUGAGCUCAAACAAGAUGUUAAUAAUUGUAGCAAUUAAAGAAAUACAUUGUUGACUAGCAGCGAAACCAAUAGAACACAUUCCUCUCUAAAGCGGAGGACAACUCAAGCACAAAUAUGAUACACGGCAAUAUGGAAAUAUUUCAUGUGAACCUGUCAAAGCUGUUGUGUUUUGUGCGUACUGUUGUUUCUCUCUUAAACCUACUCUUGGUUUAUUAUUCCCUUCUAAGACUACCCUGGUUAGGGCAAGCCGAUGUUAGUUUCCGUAAUGUACGUGUAAUGUAGCACUGAUACAGUUUCUCUUACUUUAAUAACAUUAUGCCCAUCAUACUGUGAGAUAAUGUCCUGUGUGCAAGGCUCCUUCAACUGGAAAGAUUCGGAUUGCAGCGAGUUGCUAAUCUUGAAUGCGAUAGGCUGUGUAUUACUGACUUAACACAAACAGAGUUAGACAAGUCAUCGAGUUACACUUUUAUACUUUGAACUUUAAUACCUCAAAAUCAAUUGAAAAUUCAACCUCUUCCAUAAACUGCCCCAACAUAUGCUCUAAAAACAAGUUCUUUAUUCUAUUCAUCUGUAUCUGCAAGAAGAAGAAUUUGUUGUUUCAUGAAAAAAAGCCAAAGAAAGUUUACAAAAAUAUAAUUUGAGUCUUAGUGUUAUAACUGUUAAGUGUACUGUGUUUGAGAAAUAUGGAUAUAUUUUCAAAAUGACUGCUUGAAAUGCCCUUUCUGGUUCCUGGGGCAGCUAAAAUAUUAGUUUACUGUUUUUAACAUGUGUUCAUGCAUGCUCUAAAUUUAAGAUAUUCUUCUAAAGGGACACCCUACUUUGUGAUUUUUCUUGUCUUAAGUGUUAAACUAUGCAUGCAAGAAAUAACUGACAUUUGUAGCAGAAUAUAUAACUAAUAAAG